ACGUAAUCCAUCUUUAACCCCCGGCAAAGGACGAGACGCGUUGCGACGCGUUCUUUGGUCAAUUAAAUGUCCGUCGCGAUCAAUUGCAGGCCUCGAUGUCGGUUACACGCUUGCUUGCGAGAACCCAUCCAUCAAUCACUUCAGAUUGUCGAAACCGCGUCACUUUGCAACUCCUCGCAACCGUGUCAGAUCUUGUCAUUGGCUCCGUAUAUCCUAUACAUAUCCUAUUCAACUCACGUAAAGAACGACGCCUCAGCAUCUCACCCUCAACCGAGUCACCCACACCAAACCUGCGUGGCGCAUUCAGCGAGAUCGCCCACGGCAAUCAGAGUUGCGAGUUUUUGGCUCGUGUUUCCCGCGUAACCUCGGAUUGAAAGUGUUGCCAAUCUCUUACCGCCAAUCUCUUGUCGCCAAUCGCAACCAUGCCGAUCAAGAAGAAGGAGGAGCCCGAGGAGGCCAUCAGCGCCUUUGAGCGGAUGCGCCGGGAAAACAUCGCCAGGAACCAGAGCAUCUUGAAAGACCUGGCACAUACUUCAAACAAGAUAAUGCCUGCGAAGCCAAAAGCUGCUCCGAAACCCCGGUCCGCUCCUGUCAAGAGGGAGGCGGCAGCUGCCCCCACCGGCCCUGUCCGUCGCAGUGCCCGCGUCGCCGGGCUCGACGCCGAUAACGAGACGCUCAAGCGCAAGUACGAGGUCGAGAUCGAGGACCAAGCUGCCAAGGAAAAGGCCAAGAGGAAGCGUGUCGGUGGCACCCUCAGCCUGGGCGACAUCGCCGUCGAGGGCAAAAAGUUCAACAAGGGCAUCGAUGGCCUGGGUUCUCUGGUGCCCCGCGGCGCCCAGCCCGGUGUGCCGACCUUUACCGACGAGGAUAUCGAGAACACGUCCGACAAGGACCUCAAGGACCUGAGGAGGAAGAUGGGGAAGUUGGACCUCUACGACAAAUGGAUCCCCAACGACAUCAAGAUCUGCCCUCAACGGAUAUAUGCUUCGACCUUUCACCCCACCGAGGAAAAGCCGCUCAUCUUCGCCGGCGACAAGGAGGGAGCCCUCGGCGUCUUCGACGCCUCGCAGGAGGGCCCUCCGGAGAGCAACGACGAGGACGACGGCCAAGAGGUCGAGUGGAAGGAGCCCGAGAUUGGCGCCUACAAGAUCCAUUCCCGCACAAUCACCACCAUCAUCGUCUCGCCUUUCGACCACCAGAAAGUGUUGACUUCAUCGUACGACUCAACCAUUCGUGUUCUCGACCUGGCCAAGGAUAUGUGCGUCCCUGUCUGGGAGCCCGCGGACAAGGAGGAGGAUGUCCCGCUGUCGGCCAUCGACGUCCCCCUCACAGACAAGGACCUCAUCUACUUCUCGACCCUGGGCGGCGCUGUUGGCAAGGUAGACACGCGAGACCCCAAGGGAUUUGAGACGUGGCAGCUAUCGGAUAACAAGAUAGGCGGCUUCUCUCUGAAUCCCCGGGAGCCGCACCUGCUGGCGACGGCCUCGCUCGACCGGACCGUCAAGAUCUGGGACCUGCGCAACAUCAAGGGCAAGGGCGACAUGCGUUUCCCCGCAAUGCUCUACGAGCACGACUCGAGGCUCUCCGUCUCCCACGCCUCCUGGAGCCCCGGCGGCCAGAUCGCGACGUCGUCGUACGACGACACGAUCAAGAUUUACGACUGGGCGGACCGCGACGCCUGGGACAACAGCGGCAUGGAGCCCAAGGAGGUCGUCAAGCACAACAACCAGACCGGCCGCUGGGUCACGAUCCUCAAGCCGCAGUGGCAUAGGAGGCCCAGGGACGGCAUCCAAAAGUUCGUCAUCGGCAACAUGAACCGCUUCGUCGACGUCUACGCCGCCAACGGAGAGCAGCUAGCCCAGCUGGGCGGCGACGGCAUUUCGGCCGUCCCUGCUGUCGCCCAGUUCCAUCCCACGAUGGACUGGGUCGCCGGCGGCACCGCCAGCGGGAAGCUCUGCUUGUGGAUGUGAGCCCUCGUCGUCGGCCAUCGACGUGUGGUCAGGAACGGCCUUGUGUAAACUUGCUUGGAUAUAGGGGAGGGGGG